UAUCUUUUCGCGCUUUCUUUUUGCCGACUUCAAAAUGGCGGCGCCCAUUGGAAAGGUGACAGAACUCUUAACCGACGUACAUGAUGGGUUAGAGUUUCCAAGUAGAGAUUGCUUUAUUUCAAAAGGGGAAUAUGUUUAUUACCAUUAUGGCUGUGGAAAUUUUGACGACAGAGGUUGGGGCUGUGGAUAUAGGACACUACAAAGUCUCUCAUCUUGGGUAAAACAUCAGCAGGAAAAGAUGAACUCGAAACCCUCUCACAAUGUUCCCAGCAUUCCUGAGAUACAGGAAGCUCUUGUUGCUAUUGGUGACAAACCCUACACAUUCAAAGGCUCAAAAGAUUGGAUUGGCUCAUUUGAAGUUUGCCUGUGCAUUGACUAUUUUUAUGAUGUACCAUGUAAAAUUAUACAUGUGAAUUCUGGUGCUGUUCUUCCAAAUCAUAUAGAAGACUUGGUGAAACAUUUUCAGGAAUAUGGUGCCCCGGUAAUGAUGGGAGGUGAGAGUGACAGUUCUUCUAAAGGUGUCAUUGGUGUUUGUAGAAACCCACAGGCAUUGCUUAUAAUGGAUCCACAUUAUUAUGGACCUACAAAAAGUAAAACAUAUUUACAGAAAGAAGGAUGGGUGAAGUGGAGGUUGUUGGAAGAAUUCAAAGAACAUUCUUUUUAUAAUCUGUGUCUACCUCAAUUGAAAUACACUGAUUAUGGCUGAAAUCCUGGUUUUGUUCAUUUUCUCGAAAUUCUCAAGAGAUAAAAUUGGAAUUCAACAACAAAUGGUAUAGAUAGCAAGAGUGCUGCAGAGGUGUGGCUUUAAAUCUUUAAAGAGCUGAAGUCAAAUUCACGAGGGAACAAAAUAUUUCCAUUCAUAAAGUUCAUCUGAAGUGAAUGUGCAGAAAAUAUUUUGCAAUAAAGAACAUACAACUCUAAUAAAAAUAGCAGGCUGUAAAUUUGAAAUGAAAAUUACUAACAUUUAAUAAAAUUUACAAUCAUACUUAAUACAUAAAUAAACCAUUAAAAUAAGAUAUAACAUGUUAUGUAUCAUUAUGUAUAUUGUUGUUAUGUAUUGCUCUUUUACCUAUAUUUCAUAUAAAAUGCAAUUAAAAAGCCUAAAUUUUAUAGCAAAUUUUAUUUGUGU